GGCAAGAGAUUCACUGUCCUGCCUACUCUGACUGACGUUCACUCAGGAGUCAGACUGAAUGAUCAAGGGGACACGCGUGGAUCAAACGUCAAAGGAUUCCCCGUUGGAUCUACUUCUAUUGCGCUACUAAUAGACAGUGCUCACCUUUAUCUGGUCAGCAUAGGACUUUGGGUUUUCUUUUUUAAGUCUGCAUUAUAGGUGCAUCUACAGCUCUUUCGGUAAAACUUGAAAACUAUUAAGUUUUAAAUGCUCUAAGUGUUGCGUGAAGUGCACUUAUUCGUUAUUCUUGUUCUCAUGAAGGAAAUCCAGUUACUGUUUUUACUUGUCAGUGGUGUCAAUCUAUAGAGUCGGCGUUUUGCCCCAAUUUCCGAGCAGAUUUUUUUAAAUUUUUUAAUUUUAUUUUGCCAGUUGAUCUGCUCAUCAUAUGUUGCGAGAGACAAUUUGGAUGCCAACGCGGGACUUGGUACAUUUCAACUGGGAAACCUGUUUUUUAAAAUCUCCGCAAAUUGCAUAAAUUUGCUCCGGUAAUUUUUUUUUCCGCUGAGGCCCGUCCCCUCUAGCAACAUGAGACUCAUUCCAUCACGACUGAGUUAUCUAUUUCUUCACCUCUUUGCGUUUUGCUACUAUGCUCAGGUAACCAUUCAGUCCCCGCCUAAUUUUACACAGCAUGUGAGUGAGCAAAGUAAGGUGACUGACCGGGUCAGCCGUAGACUAAUCCGGACCUACCAGCUUUACAGUCGAACCAGUGGAAAGCAUGUGCAAGUUUUGGCAAACAAGAAAAUCAACGCCAUGGCCGAAGAUGGUGACGUUCAUGCCAAGCUAAUAGUGGAGACAGACACAUUUGGGAGUCGAGUUCGAAUUAAAGGAGCUGAAACAGGCUUCUACAUCUGUAUGAACAGAAGGGGGAAGCUGAUUGGGAAGAAAAAUGGUCAUGGGAAAGACUGCAUUUUCACAGAGAUAGUACUGGAGAACAACUACACAGCUCUACAGAAUGUGAAGUAUGAAGGCUGGUACAUGGCCUUUACACGCAAAGGCAGACCCCGCAAGGGCUCCAAAACCAGGCAACACCAGCGGGAAGUCCACUUCAUGAAGAGGCUGCCCAGGGGACACCAAAUCGCAGAGCACAGGCCCUUUGAUUUUAUCAACUACCCUUUCAACAGACGGACUAAACGGACCCACUACUCAGGAGAGCGUUGAAGAGCGAAGCAGGAGAAAAAGAGUGAGAGACAGCAAUUGCAUUCUCAAACAAUGAACAGACUCCUCUUGUGGACUCCUAAAGACAUUUUUUGGUACUGAGCAACAAUAUACCUAAACUUUAGUUUUUUAAGAAUUUUCAAAAGAAAACAAAAAAAAAACAAACAUCACAAGAAAUCUAUUUUUGUACCCUGACUUUUAGUACUGACCUGUGUAAAAGUAUAGAAAGGGAAGCACGGGACAUGACUUAGUAGUGUGUGGAUUUCACCCAUCUUUCUCUCGUUUUCUGGUUAUGUUUCAUUUGAUUUGGAUGUGUUAGAGUAAUUUAUAACUCUUUGUAUUGCUGCUCAAGGGGACUUGAAGGGCCUGAGAGAAUGCACUGACAACAGAAGGCUGUAUUCGGUUACACAGUCAGCCCGGGCACCUCUCGACCACCCAGCGUUAAGAUACCCAGCUCAUCUCUGUAACCUCUCUGGUUCUUGAUCCUGGAACUCUCUAGAGAUAAAACAUGGUUAAAGCAAACAGAGCUUUAAAUACACAUUUAAAUGUGGCAGCUAUAUUUUGAUUAUCACAUGUUUCCUACCGUUGUUUAAACUGUAUAUUUCCAAGGUGUAUUAAUGUAUUGUAUGAAACUGUAGGAAAAGCUUUUGUCGUUUUUGCAUUUUGUUUGUCUGUUUUUUAUACAAAUAUAAAUAUAUUUUUAUUUGAGGAUGUGUAAAAUACUUUGAAUGAUGGAAAUAUUUAUUUAAAACGUGUAAUAAAUUUA